AUGACCCUUCAACAGUCAUUAUGUGUUGGAUCACUUGUGUUAGGGCAAGAUUUCAAGUGGCAAGACAAGACUUCCAUAGACGAUCUAUGUUUAUUUCAUAGUGAUCCUGAUGCUCAAGUCACCCGAUACCAUGUUUCUUUUGCUCUUAAAGGCAUUAUUGACACAAAAGCCUUGAAUAUCUACAUGUAUGAAGCAUGGCGUUGGGAAGCAUAUCCUCUUGACGCUCAAGAUUUCUUUAUCUCUAUCUUUCGUGAUGAUUUUGACGAAAGUAAUACAACCAAACGAGCCCUUGUGGUUCAAAUGAACAGUUCAGAUUCACAAGAUAACUUGUUAUUAUAUGGCGAAAAGAAAGAGACAGAACUAACCAUGUAUGCACAUCGUAUAAGACAUUACCAUGAAUUCUUGACUUUGCCUUCUAUCGAGCCUCAUGUGGCGGAUACACGUAUUGAACAAGGCAUGAUAGAAGCCAUGACAAGACAAAAGCAAGAUAUGCCACUACCUAUCCCUACAAAACCACAGCCAGUAUCUCAAGUACCUUCUUUACCGCCCUCUCAACCACAAAAUCCAUAUAAAAUCAACAAGAGUAUUCUAAAGCAAUGCAUUAAACAUGAAUUAGCUAAGCAAGGUACUCAAGAUACAACAUUAUCUCAAGUGAUUUAUACCGAUAUUCUUUAUCAUUAUAAACAACGAUUUCAGUCUACCUGCAUGACAGAACAGCAAUUACAAGUGGCUACAAAGUACUUUGUUGAUCACCACCUUAACUUUAAUGCCAUGCUGACAAUGCUAUAA